CAUACUAUGUGGUAUUGAGUCACAAGACUCAACGCAAUAAUAUCUCCUAUAAAUAUAUCGUUUUUCUCAAACUACCUCACUCUUUUACUUUCAUAUCUCUUCUUCCGAAAGGGAAAGAAUCAAGUAUGAUGAGCCUCUUGCCAGAGAAACACAUAGCCGUGUUGCCGUUCAUCGGGGCAAGCCAUUUUCAGCCUCUUGUCAACCUCGUGCUGAAGCUAGCAGCCGCUGCCCCAAGGGUACUCUUCUCUUUACUCAUAGCAACCGGGGACAAACAUCUUUUAUCUUGUUCCGAUUUGCCAGUUAACGUGAAAUUAUAUGAGGCUAUUAGCUCGCCAUGGCUAAGUCCCCCGCCGGGCGAAUCCCGAAAGGAGAAGAUGCAGCAGUUCUUGGAGGGGGCUCCAAGGACCUACGAAAUGGCAAUCGCGGUCGCAGAGGAAACUGCUGGAGUGAAGGUGAGUUGCCUUCUUACCGAUGUGUUCUUCACCUUUGCCAGCACGCUUGCAGAGAAGAAGCAGGUGAAGUGGAUCUCUUUAUGGGUGUCCUCACCACAAGUUCUCUCCGCAUACGCUUACUCUGAUGUGAUCAUUCAGAAGUUCCGCCAUGAUGAGGAGGCGCGGUCUCAACCAGAAAGGACCCUAGAGGGCAUUCCUGGAUUAUCAAGAAUGCGCAUCAAGGAUUUGCCGGAAGCACUCCAACACACCUACCUGGAUGACAUGUAUACAUUGUUCCGAGUGUUCCGUGAGCUCGGGACGGUGCUGCCACGAGCUGAUGCCGUUCUGGUGAUCUCCUAUGAUGAAGUGACUCCUGAGCCCUUGGUGGCGAACCUCAAGUCAAAGUUUCAGGAGCUGCUCCUCGUAGGCUCCCUCACAGCGUCGUUCACUCCACCUCUACAUGACUCGGGAUCAAAUAAAACUGGUUGCCUUGCCUGGCUAGAUAAGCAAAAGCACCAAUCGGUGGCGUACAUAAGUUUCGGGACUGUGGUGGGGCUUCCCCCGGAAGAAUUAUUCAUCCUAGCAGAAGCUCUGGAGGCGAGCAGGACACCAUACCUGUGGUCACUCAAGGACCACCUGUACGGACCCGAAUGUGGACUCUCCUCGGGGCCCGCAUGCGCGCUUUUGGAUCACGCAGCUUGGGAGUGUCCACCUUCCCAUGGGGAUGCGUGACGGACACACGUGAGAGAAGGAGUCGCCACUUAUCAUUUUACGACCCGAAG